AUGCCUGCCAAGAACACCAUCAUCGUUGGAGCUGGUGUGUCAGGUAUCGCCAUGGCUCAUACAUUGAAACACAAGCUGGGGUACACUAAUUUUGAGAUUUUUGAAAAGCGUGACUCUAUCGGCGGCACGUGGAAAGCAAAUACAUAUCCCGGAUGCGGCUCCGAUGUGCCUAUUCAUCUAUACUCUUUUUCAUUCAAUCUGAACCCUGAUUGGAGUGAGGAGCUGUGUGAUCAGUCAGAGAUACUGCAAUACAUCGAGAGCACUGUCGAUAAAUUUUCACUGAGGUCACAUUUUAGGCUGAACAGCGAAUGCACUGGCGCCAUAUGGCUAUCGCCAGAGCAACAAUGGGAGGUUGAAUUCGUUGACACCACGACGAAAGAGAGGUUUACAAAGACCUGUGCCAUCCUUCUCACCGCCGUUGGGGGGUUUUCUAUACCAAGAGAGAUUCAUUUUCCCGGCUUGGAAUCUUUCACAGGGAAGGUAUUCCAUACGGCACAGUGGGACCAUACCUGCGACUAUAGAGGCACGCGAGUUGCCGUGAUUGGAAACGGUUGCAGUGCUGCUCAAGUUGUACCAUCGAUAGCGAAGCAUGUCUCCAAGCUUACUCAGUUCGCAAGAGGUCGGCAAUGGUACCAUCCGCGGCCAAACCACCGCUUCAGCCCAUUCGAACGCUUCUGCUUCCGGUACAUCCCUCUCUGGCAGAGGUAUUACCGCCUCAAAACGUUUUUGGACACCGAUAACCUCGCUUCAUCUUAUGGAUCGUCGCAUGAGGAAGUCAAACAGCGCAGAGACAUCGAACAGAACGCAAAAGAGUAUAUUUACUCUCAAGCGCCGAAGAAAUAUCAUGAAGUGUUGGUGCCAGACUUCGCACUCGGGUGUAAGCGACGCAUAUUUGAUCCGAACUAUCUGUCGUCUCUGCAUCUAGACCAUGUAGAUCUGAUAGCAGAGGGAAUCCGUGAAGUAACUGAUACUGGAAUAAUCAGCGAGAAUGGGUACCAAGAGGAUUUCGACAUCAUCAUCUUGGCCACUGGUUUUCAGGUUUCUAAUUUCUUGACACCCAUGCAAAUCGUGGGCAAAACCGGAGUCGGGAUCAAAGACCAGUGGGAGUCUCAGAGAGGAGCACAAGCGUACAUGGGAACAUUCGUCCAUAACUUCCCAAACUUCGGCAUUCUAUUUGGGCCAAACACAUUUCCUGCGUUCAAUUCAGUCAUCUACGCGGUGGAAGUGCAGGUUGAAUACCUAGCCAAGACACUGUUCGAGACCAUCAUUGAUGGCUACGCGGACGUGCUAGAGGUCAGAGAGGAAGCUGAGACGCGGUUUGUCAAGGAUCUUGACAAGACUCUUGCGAAGACAGUCUUUAAUUCCGGUUAUAACAACUGGUACAUCAACUCUGCUGGUCGAAAUUCCGCGUCUUGGCCCGGAAUGGCAUCCUCGUUCUGGAGGGCAACCUUCUUUCCGCGCUGGGGUGACUUCACGCUCCAGGGUGGAAUCGUGACUUGGAUCUCUCGAAGGGCUCUUCGGAAAGUCCAGAACGCAUCAAUUUGGACAUGGAUCAUGGUUAUAAUCCUGACAUCAGCAUUAGUACAUUUGUACUCGGGCAGCGCGGUGCUCUCCGGGCUUGUAGAAUAG